GCUACACGGAUACUAACCAGAAAUCAUCGGGGCGUAGUGGUACCCGAAGUACCACGGCCAGGAUGCAAUGCCCUUGUAAUAGUAGUAAAGAACCCAUUGGAGGCCCUGGACGUAGUUCUCCGUCAACUUCCUCAUGUCCUCCUCGUUCUCCAGUCCCCACUCGAAUUUGGUCACGUAGUAGUUGUUCUUCCACUCCUGGAACUUCUCCUCGUAUUUCUUCUCCGCUGCCUGCUGAGCCUCCUCGGCCGACAGCUCCUGAACCUUGGCGUUCUCGUACUUCCGAAUAACCCGCUGGACGGCCAUAGAGGCCUCCUCGUCUUCUUCCUCACUAUCCUCACUGUCAUUCUUAGGGAGCUGGAUCCGGAUGAACCGAUCGGCAUGCUCGUCAGGAACGGUUGUCCAUGGCAGCCGAAGGUCAUCGGCCAGCUGCUCCAGGAACUUGCGAUCCCGAGCGGGCAGAGAAGGGGGAAAGUCAAGAGGCUUUGUCUCGGCGGCCUUUCCAGGCCGGUUGAGAACAUACUUCUUGACCUCCUUGAACAGGUUCUUCUGUCCCGGGGUGACGGUAAGACCCUUGGGCUUCUCCUGAGGCUCGGCGCCGCCGGUCCUCUUGGCCUGGAUCCACCGCGCGUCGGAGUACUCGGCUUCGAAGAAGCGGAACUCGACGUCGCUCAGGGCGUCCAAGAGCAUGCCCAGCCGCUCCAUGUGGAUCACACCCUCCUCAUUGAUGUAUCCGCCCAUCUUGGGCAGCACCUGUUUAUAGAUCUUGAACAUGAAAGCCAACGCGCCUUCGUUGAUAUGCAGAUUCGGCAAGUUGGGCAAAAAGUCGUUUCCAACAAAGAAAGCCAUCAGAAUAAAAUCGUCAAUCACCCGUUCCAUGUCAAAGGGGAACUUCAAUGCACCCUCCUGUUCCAACUCCUGAAACUCCAACUCCAGGUACUCUCGGACCAUACUCAAAUGCAAAAGGAAAAAGUUCUGAUGCUCGAGCUCCUUGGGCUUCUUGGAGACCUGACGGCCAAAAGUGACCUCCUCACGGAGGAGGCAGAAGUGGGGGUCGUGGCUCAGCAGACCCAACAUGAUCAGGUCAGCGUCGAGGCCGUACAAGCAGUGGCGGACAUUGGGAUCGUAGCCGGGCUGUGCUUUCGCAUGCCGGAUGUACUCCAUGAUCUUGUGCUCACCCUCACCCGGGACCUCGUGGCCCGACAGGACGAUCUCGACUCCCUGCCAGUCCUUGUCCUCGGAAAUUUUCUUGCUCACGAAGUACUUCAAUUGUUCCGUCAACUUGGCCAUGAACUCGGUACCAGGGGUAAUGCAGUUACUGUCGAAGGCAUCCUCCUUGGGCAUCUCGAUACCCUGCGCAAUCGCCUUCUCCUUGGCGGUUUCGGCGUCGAGGGCGGUCCGGAAACGUCGCGAGCGCUGCUGGUUCAUCUUGGCUCGCGGGGCCACACCGUCGACCGCCAUGAAGAACAGCUUCUUGGGCUUGAUCUUGCCGUACAAAUGCUCGAUAUAAUUAAAAAUGGCAAUGAACAUCUUGUCUUCAGUCAUUCGGAAGGUGGGGGAGUCGCUGUCCUUGUGUGUGCAAUUGUGGAUAAUGCCGUUCAUGUCCAGAUAUAGGUUGUCGAACUCGGGUAUGCGGUUCUCCGCG